AUGGAUGCUAGUAACCAUGAUAUGGUAGGAGUUCUUGCUAGAGAAAUGAAUACCAUUUUUUCUCCCCUAAUACAGAAUGUAAAUAGGACUAACAAUGAUAAUGCCCAAACAUACCAACAACUGUCAGCGCAGAUGGGACGCAUAGCAGAUUUCCUAGGCACCCCUCAGUCCUCUGUUCGACGCAGACCAAACCAAGUUAUAAUCCAGGAAGAAGAACCAACUAUAAAUCAGGAAGUCCCUGAAGAACAACCUAGGAGAGUAAUGAUGGUUAAUAGAGACCAGGAUGCAGACGAAGUAAUUCAUAGGGUUAGGCGAGAAAACAUGAUGGAAAAUAACUUAACUACUAUGAUAGAGAGAAUCAUGGCCCAAAAUGGUCUGAAUACAGGACUUCGACGGCCAAAUUAUACCUCUCCUUUAUCAGAAUACGUCCUACAAACUGAAUUACCAAGGGGUUGUAAAAUCCCUAAGUUCACCAAAUUCUCAGGGGACACUAGUGAAUCCACUAUAGAACACAUAGCCAGAUACAUGAUUGAGGCAGGGGAUUUGGCGAACAGUGAGAACCUAAGAAUGAAAUAUUUCCCUAGUUCUUUAACGAAGAAAGCCUUCACGUGGUUUACAACUUUGCCACCAAAUUCCAUAGAUACUUGGCCUCAUUUGGAGAGAUUAUUUCAUGAAAAUUUCUACAUGGGCCAAACUAAGAUAAGUCUUAUUAGCCAGUAUUAA